AACACAUCGCCCUACUUUGUUAUGUGAAAUUUUUGACGUGAAAUUGUAUUGAAUUUACAGAUUUAUUAUUUUCUGAAUUUGGUGGAUCGAAUUAUUUAUGUGUAAAUUAGGGUGAAUUCUCCAAUUUGUAAAUUAAAAUGAAGCCCCUCACUUUUCUCCUACUGUUGUCAAUUUUUGUCUUCGGAGUAGAUUUGAAACCGGAAAAUCGUCGAAAUAAGAGAAAAACCAAAGAAUAUCAUCUUUAUACGACCAGAGUUAACUGGACAGAAGCAGUAAAACAAUGUGAAUCUAAGGGAAUGGAAUUGGUUAGCAUUUUGUCAAGAGAUGAAAAUAACGCUUUAAUAAGUUCAAUAAAAGAAGCCGGUCAAGGUAAGAUUGGUUUCUGGACAUCAGCAAACCGAAUAGAGGAAGGUGAUACAUACUAUUGGAAUAAUGGAGAAAAAGUCACGUUUACCGAUUGGGAAAGAGGAAAACCGGACAAACGAAUUAAAGGUGGCGAAGAAGAGCAAUGCAUUGAAAUAAAAGGAUUCAAUACUUUGAAAUGGAACGAUAAUUUUUGUAGCCAUAAAUUAUAUUACAUAUGUGAAAUUUGAAUGAGUAUCAAUUAUAUUUAUUUAAAUACUUUUUAUGAUGGACAAUCUGGAUAUGUAAA